GAUCCACGAGAAGGGGCCGCGAGCCGCCUGAUUGACAGCUCGAAAUCUGAUCUUGUGAAAGAGACGCGGAGCCAAUGGGAGGCAGCGAUCCAUCAGUUUGGAUUGGAGGCCCCUGGAGGAGAAGUAGAGGAAAAACCACCGAAUUGAGCUCUGUCAGAGGCGCUUUCGGCUUCCAAAGGGGAAGUGCUGGGCAAUAAUUAAUGUUUUUAUUAAAUUUGGAGGGAAUUUUUUGCAGCCGUUCGCCUAGCGUGGCCUUCAGUCCCGUUAGGUGCAAAGCAAGUCUCGUUGAUCGCCAUUGCUAGUUUUGCACACGUUUGCGAAUCAGAGCUGCCCGGGGUACACCGACCGCGCAGGGAAACAUCGAGAGUGUAAAUAAAUACAUCGCCUCUGGUUCGGAUUUUUGCUACUGCCGAAAAUAUGUAAAUUGUGAACUCUCUUGGCUCUCUUUGGAUCCAGCCUAAAAGCCAUCUUGUUCCCCUCUAGGUUGAUAGAAGUCCAGAUCCCGAGGAAAUCUCCAGCUAAAUGCUCAAAAUAUAAAACACUCAGCUGAGAUUUGCGAAGAGCAGCAGAAUGGAUGGAUUUUAUGACCAGCAAGUGCCUUACAUGGUCACCAAUAAUCAGCGUGGGAGAAAUUGUAACGAGAAACCAACAAAUGUCAGGAAAAGAAAAUUCAUUAACAGAGAUCUGGCUCAUGAUUCAGAAGAACUCUUUCAAGAUCUAAGUCAAUUACAGGAAACAUGGCUUGCAGAAGCUCAGGUACCUGACAAUGAUGAGCAGUUUGUGCCAGACUAUCAGGCUGAAAGUUUGGCUUUUCAUGGCCUACCACUGAAAAUCAAGAAGGAACCCCACAGUCCAUGUUCAGAACUUGGGUCUGCCUGCAGUCAGGAGCAGCCCUUUAAAUUCAGCUAUGGAGAGAAGUGCCUGUAUAAUGUCAGUGCCUAUGAUCAGAAGCCACAAGUGGGAAUGAGGCCCUCCAAUCCCCCAACACCGUCCAGCACCCCAGUGUCCCCACUACAUCAUGCAUCUCCAAACUCCACUCACACUCCGAAGCCUGACCGCACCUUCCCAGCUCACCUCCCUCCUUCGCAGCCCAUACAAGACAGCAGCUACCCCAUGGACCACAGAUUUCGCCGCCAGCUUUCUGAACCCUGUAAUUCUUUUCCUCCUUUGCCGACAAUGCCAAGGGAAGGACGUCCUAUGUACCAACGGCAGAUGUCUGAGCCAAACAUCCCCUUCCCACCUCAAGGCUUUAAGCAGGAGUACCACGACCCAGUGUACGAACACAACACCAUGGUUGGUGGUGCAGCCAGCCAAAGCUUCCCUCCUCCUCUGAUGAUUAAACAGGAACCCAGAGACUUUGCAUAUGAUUCAGUGCCUAGCUGCCACUCCAUUUAUAUGAGGCAAGAAGGCUUCCUGGCUCAUCCCAGCAGAACAGAAGGCUGUAUGUUUGAGAAGGGCCCCAGGCAGUUUUAUGAUGACACCUGUGUUGUCCCAGAGAAAUUUGAUGGAGACAUCAAACAGGAGCCAGGAAUGUAUCGGGAAGGACCCACAUACCAGCGGCGGGGAUCACUUCAACUCUGGCAGUUUUUGGUAGCUCUUCUGGAUGACCCUUCAAAUUCUCAUUUCAUUGCGUGGACUGGGCGAGGCAUGGAAUUUAAACUGAUUGAGCCUGAAGAGGUGGCCCGGCGUUGGGGCAUUCAGAAAAACAGGCCAGCUAUGAACUAUGAUAAACUUAGCCGUUCGCUUCGCUAUUAUUAUGAGAAAGGAAUCAUGCAAAAGGUGGCCGGAGAGAGAUAUGUCUACAAAUUUGUGUGUGAUCCGGAAGCCCUGUUCUCCAUGGCCUUUCCAGAUAAUCAGCGCCCACUGCUGAAGACAGACAUGGAACGUCACAUCAAUGAAGAGGACACAGUGCCUCUGUCUCACUUUGACGAGAGCAUGGCCUACAUGCCUGAAGGGGGCUGCUGCAACCCCCACCCCUACAAUGAAGGCUAUGUAUAUUAACCCAAGUGACAGUCACGCAGGGCCUCCUCGCGCUUCUCCUCUUUUUGCAGGAUGCAGAGAAUCUCUGAGUUCUCUUCAAUCUUUGUUUGAUUUUCGUUGUUUGUAUUUUAUUUUUAAAUAAUAAUACACAAAAAGGGGCUUUCCUGUUGCAUUAUUCUAUGGUCUGCCAUGGACUGCGCACUUUAUUUGAGGGUGGGUGGGAGUAAUCUAAACAUUUAUUCUGUGUAACAGGAAAAUAAUGGGUGAAUGGGUGGGGGGAUAUGGGGAUUACUUUUUACUUAGGCUUGGGAUGGGGUCCUACAGGUUUUAAGUAUGAUGAAGCUAUAUCAUGUUUAUUUGAUUUCAUAACAACAUAAGAAAAUGUUCAUUUUCUCUGGGUAUCUAUGGUACAGUUAAUUCACAUUGUGUAAAUAUCCACUUGGAGACUAUUUGCCUUGGGCAUUUUCCCCUGUCAUUUCUGAGUCUCUGCAAGGUGUACAAAAAAAAUCCACAAAAAACAAAAAACAAACAAAAAAACAACAACAAAAAAAACCUACUGUAAAUGGCAGUUUAAUUGUUAGAAAUGACUGGUUUUGCACCUGUUGUAAAAAGGUAUUUAGAGAUCGCAUUUGCUGUUAUUUGUUUUGUUUUGCUUUCUGUAUGACUCACAGAGGAUAACCAUAAAAUGGGUCAUUCUCUCUGAAGUUGAGUGAUGAUCACCAUGACUGUAAAUGAGGGGCACAGUUUUGGACUCUGGCUCCAAAUCGAGUCACAGGCCAGUAGCAUCCCAUGUACCUGGUGCCACCUUGCUGUCUAGACACACAUCAUACUCUUGUUUAAAUAUUUUGAAGCCCGUUUCAGUUAAAUAAUGAUAUGUCAUGGUCCUUUGAGAUCUUCAUUUAAAUGUUAAAUCUGGGAUCACAAUGAAGCAAAAAAUAUCUAUCUCACUUCCUUCAGUACAUAAAGAAACAUUAUUUAAUCGAUAAGAAUUAACUGUACUAAAUCACGUAUUAUGCUGUUCUAGAUACAGCAAGCACUCCUUAAGGAAAAUAUCCAAUACACUAAAUAGGUACUAUAGUAAUUUUUAGACAUGGUACCCGUUGAUAUGCAUUUAAACCUUUUACUGCUGUGUUAUGUUGAUAACAUAUAUAAAUAUUAGAUAAUGCUAAUGCUUCUGCUGCUGUCUUUUCUGUAAUAUUCUCUUUCAUGCUGAAUUUACUAUGACCAUUUAUAAGCAAUGCAGUUAACUACAGAUAGCAUUUCAGGACAAAAUAGAUGACUCAAACCAUUUAUUGCUUAAAAAAUAGCUUAUGCCAUGCUAUGCUAUAAGCAGCUUUUAUGCACAUUGACAAAUGAAGAGUAAGCUUCAGCUUGCUAAGGGAAACUGUGGAAACUUUUGUAACUUUUGGUGAAAUAGAAAAUUAUUUACAAACUGUCGAAGAAUCUGAGGAAGUUGUUGUAUGACAUAGUGCUGGCACAGAUACUCAUCUUGUUUGGGACUCUUGUGUAAAUGUGAUUGGAUUGUUUGAAAGAAGAUUUAAAGAUUUAAAGUUUCAAAGGGUUUUGUUUUGUUUUUGUUUGGCAUUUGGAGAAAAUAUUGAAAGCAGGAUAUGUUGUUUCAUUCACCUUGGAAAAAAAAAAGUAAGUGGUGUUAUAAUAUCUUUGAAUAGCUUGCUAAAACCGUUCAAACAAGAAGCAUGAGUUUUGUUCAAUCCAUCAAUAUCCCAGAGGAACAACAUUUUUUAAGAGUCUAUAAUGAAAUAUUAAGAAAAAUAUCUUAAACACAAAGCCAAAAUGAACUUAUAAGAGCAUUUCUUAACAAGCACAGGAAAGACUGAUGAAAGAUGAUUGCCUGGCAACUGAUUUUCCAACAUGGCACAGGUCACAGCUUCUGUAUCUAAAUUGAACAGGUAUUGGGAAAUUUACAUACCAUAAUCAAUACUACUCACAUUUAAUCCUACAAAAAAAAAAAACUAUUUUAAUUUCAACAUAUAUAUGUAACCUGUGAUUUCAAUGAUUGUUCUGCAUAUACAUUAUAUAUCAUUUGGCCCAUUUGGGCUAAUAAUGCCUUAAAAAUGAGAACUUUUUCCCCUCUCUAUGCUCAUAUGGCCAUUUACAGCACUUAGAAUAAAAACAAAUUUUAACAUAUUCAGCUGAAGAUUUAUUGGAAAGAGAACAUAUUUGGAGAAAUUAAAGGAGAAAUGAAAAGUGGGUCUUUAAAAUAUCUAAAUGAAAUUGUAUUGAGGAUUCCUUUUUUUUAUUUUCCUCUUUUUCUUUUUUUUUCUUUUACUUUUCAAAUUUCAAGUUCUAAUUUCCCAUUGGGGAGGAAUUGGACUAUGAGUUAUCUUAAGGGAUCAAAGGAAGAACUGGUAUUAAUUAUAUAAUAUGUAAGGACAAAUUAUUUUUCUGCUUAAGGUAGUGAAUCACAAAAUAAGUUAAUUGGCCAACAUUAAGGAUAUUUCCAAUACGGAAGGGUUCAAAACAUUGCAUUAUAAACUCUUUUGGGAAAUGUAUCUAAAGUUUUCUUUUUUUUUUUUAAGUUCUGUUUUUAUCCUACUUUUUGUUUGCUUGUGUUUUUAUUUUCAGAUAGAUUAAUAAAUCUGGCAGCUGAUUUCUGCAAGAUUCUUGUGUUUUGAAUUUCUAAUUUAAUUGGCUACUCAUAGAAAAUUAAUUAAAAAUAUUUUUUUCUUCAACUUGGUAAAAUAAACUAAAAGAAAUAUCCCCCUAGAGUUUGCUGCCUAUUACCCAACAGACUAAUUACAACAAAGAAUGUUAUAUCCUAAAUAACUAAUGAAAAAUGAUUUUUCUUAAGUUAUGCUGAAAAAUAAAAAUUCACAAAGCUAACAGUGCAGAGCAGUUCUCUCAAAUCCUUGAAGGAUUUUGGAGGUCAUUUAUUUGAACCUCUUUUUUACAGAUUGUUUUAAUUUCUUAUAGCUACUAUAGCAAAGUUAAUGGUUUGAAACUACACAAAUUUAUCCUAGAGAUCAGAAAUCCAAAAUGAGUCAAAAGCUAUUAAAAUCAAAGGGUGUGUAUAGGGCUUGUUCCUUUCCAAGGCUCCAGGGAAGAAUCUCAUUCUAACUUCUUCCACUUUUAGAGGCUGCUGACAUUUCUGGCUCCCAGCUCCUGGCUCCUGGCUUCAUCACUGCAGUCUCAGUUUCUGUGGUCACAUCCCUUUGUCUACUAUCUUCCUCUGCCUAUCUCUUCUAAGGACACUUGUGAUUGCAUUUAGGGUCCACCCAGGAUAAUCUCUUCAUCUCAAGAUCUUUAACUUGAUGACAUCUUUGAAGUUAGUAUCAUUCACAGGACUGGGCUAUGGAGGGGUGUGGGGAGGGUGUGUUACUCAUCCUAUCAUGUAGAUGAAGACACUUGUAAAAAUACGGAUUGAUUUACCUAUGGGCAAAAAGUCUUAUUGAUGAAGAUAGGAUUGGAAGUUAUUGAAAAACAUUUUUGUUUACCAUUGAAAUAGUUUUAGUUCACAUAAAUGGUACUGAAAGCAUUCUAUUCAAGUUUACCUAUUCCACUAAAGCAUCUGGUAAUCGCAUCAAGCUUUUACAUGAUUUGAAUAACCGCUCAUGUAAAUAUUAUGUAAUGAGAGGAAAAAAAGUGUGAUAAUUACAGAGUAGUAGCUCAGUUAAAUCUGUUGUCCAAGCCAGAGUUAUAUUUUUUAAAUAAAUUUCUUUUUGUCCUAGUAUGAGUUGUUACUAUACGAUCUCAACAUCUGCAAGGGAUUACUAUUUAGUUCUAAAGUAUGAGUCAUCUAUAUGACAAAGACAGAAAUCUACUACCCACUGUUAAUAGCAUUUAACUAGAUUUUGGGCGUGUCUAAAAUAAGCUACUUUGUCUAUCUAGCAACACUUCCAUAACUUACAGUGACAAAACAUUAGAGAAGGCCAUUUGAAUGUUUCAUACUGGGUAUCUUAAAAGAGGAAAAGUAAAACUUAAAAAUAAGUGAAUGAGCUAUUUUCCAGUUGCAGUUUGAUGUGAAGAUGAGAAAAAUAGAGUUGUACAAAAAAAAAGUUGGUUCAAAAUAAGAGAAGGGAAUUAAAAAGCCUAUUGAGCAUAUUAAGCAAUUGUGAUAAGAAUUUCAUAACAAGAUUCCCUAAGAUAUCAGUGUUGGACGGGAUCCUGAGGAAUUUGGCCUAAUACUUAGAACUGAACUGGUACUUUCAGGGCUUGACCAUAACUUUUUUUUUUUUAACAUAAGACUCAUUUAGAUUUAUUUAUAAAAAAUUAUGGAAAAAUAGAGUUUGAGAGUGGACACCUUUAUAGAAGUAAUGAUUUUAGAAUGUUAAAUUAUAUAUAGAAUAGCUAUGGUUCAGGAAUUCAUAUAUUGGGUACAGUUUUUUGUUUUUAUUUUGCAUGUAGACUCCAAUAUUCUUCCAUUCUAAAAUGAUAUUUAAUAUUUCUAUGGAGAAGACAUUUUCAAUCCACUUGGAUGUAUUGAAAUUAUGGUUUGGAAACACAUACUAUGAAAUUUGUGAUUAUAGCAAAUUAAAUAUGCUCAAAACUUAAAUCUGAAA